GCGUGCACCCAAAGUAGUAAGGCAAGAAAUGGUAAGAGACGUUUGGCGCGGCUAGUAGAGUAACUGCUGACAACAGAGGGAGAGGAGUCGAGGUCAAAACUCGCGAUUCAUUUGUUUUCCUUAUUUUCUCUUGGAGAAAGGACCGAGAGACAUAGCGACAUUUAACGUUACUAGGAGAGAGUUGGUGCGGUUUAACUGCGUUUUUCCCCUCAUUCUCUAGUCAGCCGUCUAUCGAAGCUUGCCCUGCGCAGGCAGACGGAAAUAACGUUAACGUUACCUUGAAAAUGCCUCCCAUCGAAAAUGACACCGGGAAGAAUGAACUCAAAUCUCGGAUACAGCAGCUUAUUGACUCCAAUCAAGUGGUGGUUUUCAGCAAAAGCUACUGUCCGUAUUGUGUAAAGGUGAAAGACUUGUUCAGAGAGCUGAAAGUCGAGUGUAAUGUGGUGGAGUUGGAUCUAAUAGAGGAUGGAACAAACUACCAGGAGAUGUUGCUCGAGAUGACUGGACAGAAAACUGUUCCUAAUGUCUUCAUCAACAAGAUGCAUAUUGGCGGCUGUGACAAAACAAUGCAGGCUCAUAAAGACGGCAGCCUGAAGCAGCUACUGAACGGAGAAAAUGAAGCUUAUGACUACGACCUGAUCGUCAUCGGAGGAGGAUCUGGAGGCCUGGCCUGCUCAAAGGAAGCUGCUAUAUUGGGGAAGAAGGUCAUGGUAUUGGACUAUGUUGUGCCCACACCAAAGGGAACCACCUGGGGUCUCGGUGGAACUUGUGUGAACGUGGGCUGCAUUCCCAAGAAGCUGAUGCACCAGACAGCCUUGCUGGGCACAGCCAUGCAGGAUGCACGCAAGUUCGGCUGGGAGUUUGAAGAGACAGUGAAACACAACUGGGAGACGAUGAAGAUGGCGGUGAACAACUACAUUGGCUCAUUGAACUGGGGCUACAGGGUGGCACUGAGAGACAAGAAUGUCAACUAUGUCAAUGCCUAUGCAGAGUUCAUUGAACCACACAAAAUCAAGGCAACAAACAAACGAGGGAAAGAGACAUUUUACACGGCAGCUAACUUUGUCUUAGCUACAGGCGAGAGGCCGCGCUACCUGGGCAUACCUGGAGACAAGGAGUACUGCAUCACCAGUGAUGACCUCUUCUCGUUGUCUUACUGUCCGGGAAAGACCCUGGUGAUCGGGGCGUCGUAUGUGGCUCUGGAGUGUGGCGGUUUCCUUGCAGGUCUGGGUCUCGAUGUCACCAUCAUGGUCCGGUCCAUCCUGCUGAGGGGCUUUGACCAGGACAUGGCCGACCGUGUUGGAAAGCACAUGGAGGAGCACGGUGUCAAGUUCCUCCGCAAAUAUGUCCCUGUAAAGGUGGAGGAGCUGAAAGCAGGCACUCCUGGCAGGCUGAAGGUGACAGCCAAGUCCACAGAAGCUGAUGAGAUCAUCGAGGCAGAGUACAACACUGUGUUGAUAGCAGUGGGCCGAGACGCAUGCACAGACAAGAUUGGCCUGGACAAGACAGGGGUCAAAAUCAACCCCAGGAAUGGAAAAAUUCCAGUGAACGAUGAAGAGCAGACCAAUGUGCCCCACAUCUACGCCAUUGGAGACAUUCUGGAAGGCAAGUGGGAGCUGACACCUGUGGCCAUCCAGGCUGGCAAGCUGCUGGCACGACGCCUCUACAGGGGCUCAAAACUCAAGUGUGACUAUGUCAACGUUCCCACCACUGUCUUCACCCCACUGGAGUACGGCGCCUGUGGUCUGUCAGAGGAGAGAGCCACUGAACUCUAUGGGCAGGACAACAUUGAGGUGUACCACAGUCUGUUCUGGCCUCUGGAGUUCACUGUGCCCGGCAGAGACAACAACAGAUGCUACGGCAAGAUCAUCUGCAAUAAACUGGACAAUGAUCGAGUCAUAGGGUUCCACUAUCUGGGUCCAAAUGCUGGAGAGGUGACACAGGGCUUCGGUGCAGCCAUGAAAUGUGGUGCCACCAAGGAGCAGUUAGACGGCACCAUUGGCAUCCACCCAACCUGUGCAGAGAUCUUUACCACUUUGGAGGUGACCAAGAGCUCUGGCGGAGACAUCACCCAGGCUGGCUGCUGAGGUUAAACCCUGCUCGUUUAGUGGGCUGCUCUCAUAUUAGACUCUACUAACAAUCCCCCUCUCAUCUUAGUUCCCAGUCACCCUUUAAGCUCAGCCUCAUCUCCAGCCGCUCAGUUUACAGGGCUGUUGUUUCUCAGGAUAAACCCAACACCAUGGCCAGCGUCUGAAUCAGUGAAAGCUACUUUAGGCUAGCUGGGAGCUAAGAGGUGACUUAAAGAAGCCAGAGCUGAGUAUGUAUGUAUGAGUCUCUAGCUCUGGCUGAGGUAGUUUGAUAUGAGGUUAGCCUGCUGAACAGUGGGGUUACUGCUGGUAUUUCUACUGGGCUCCACCAGUGUGUCCUUCUCAGAGGAGCACCAACACACACUACUACUACUACUGAGUAUGUAUGUGUGUUUGGGCUGUUUGUGACGUCCUGGCCCGUAACCUGAAAUACUGCGGUGGGCAAGGAUCGAUGUCCCUCUGCAGAAGCACUUGACGGUGGCCCUAAUCCUUCGUCCAACUCCCAACUUCAAACACUUUUCAUCCACCCCCAGUCACAGAUAGAUAUUGACUUUAGUAAGACAGAUUUAAAUUGGCACACAACCAGGAUUUGCUCUGAACUCGGGUUCAGUUUGUGAUGGAAAUGUAUUAUUUAAUAUGGAGUAUGUGUAUUGAUUAAAUGUCAACACAUCUCUUUUGUUGAGCCUUCAUCAUUCCACACAUUCCUCUUACCAGGUCUUUAAGAUGAAAUUGAGGUGUAUACAUAUAUAUUUGUCAAUAUUUGUCUUUGCUGUGUGGAGGCACCUGGGUUUUCUGCUUUAAAGAUAACUCCUUUUAUCUCUACCAAAGUGUUUAUCUAAACAAGUCUGCAGAGAGGUCAAGAGCCGGCAAAUCCACACUUUGCAAACCUUGAUGCGCUGCAUCACAACACUAUCAGAUUGAGAUUCAGAAUUGAAUGGAAAAUACAACCUGAAUUGUAGUGAAUGUUGUGUUUAAAAAAACAAAAACAUUUUUACAAGUUUUUGCUCAAUUAAUUUAAUGCUUGUUUGUUGCAGUCUUGCUGUUUGCCUCUGCAUUAUGUGCUGUCAGUGAGUGACAUUGAUCAUCUGUAUAAAUGACUUGUCGGUGUCUAACCACUGUAGAUUACUUCCUUCUCAAGAUUUAAUAAAGGAUUAAUUCACCUUCA